CCAACUAGAAAUCUAUCACAUAAGUUCUGUAAGCCAUGCAUGCGUAUUUGCGGGUGCAAGUGCAAUUAUAAUUAACGUCCAAGGAAUCAAAAAGAAUUAGAAGAGUACCCACCAUCCACAUCCGGCUUUCCUAUCACCAACUCGAAAGAAAACGAGUCACCGACUACAGCCUGAACUACGAAGUGGGUGGUCCUUCCCUUUUGACCAUAGUGCGAUGUAGCACCAAAAAAACAAAGCAAGAAAAAGAAGUUUGGCCCCUGACCGGCAACCUUAUUAUAACUUUUUAGUCCACAGGCAGCACAAAGAACUCCAACGACCAGAAGACCAAAACCACGAGCAUGGUUGAGGAGGAGGAGAAACACAAACACCAAAAUCCGCAACAACAACAACAGCGCAACAAAUCCACCUCAGACCCUCACUUCAAGCCAAGCUCUGAUGUCAAAGGCAUCCGCUUCGGCGGGCAAUUCGUCGUCAGGUCCUUCACCAUCCGGCGAGCCACGCCGCUCGAGCAGCUACGCCUCCUCGACAUCCCCCCUUCCUUCCUGAGCCAGUGCCGGACCCUUCCCUUCCCUUCGGCCACCACUUACUUGCCCACCAACUUCACCAUCUUAGCACACCACGCAUGGCACACGCUCACCCUCGGCCUCGGCACCAACAAGUCCAAGGUUGUUCUCUUCAUCUUCGAGUCCGAGAGCAUGAAGUCAGCUGCGGACCAGCUCUGGCCACCCAUGAUUCCUCUGGGUGAUGUCAAUAAGAAGCUCAUUCGGGGGAUCUCGGGAUGCGAGAUGGCACGGUUCAAGUUCAGGAAAGGGUGCCUGACCUUCUACGUUUAUGCUGUGCGCCGGUUGGGAGCCGCCGGCUUCUCACGCGCUGAUGAUUUGAGAAGCAUUUUGGAGGCAGUGGCGGCUCUAAAAGAUUUCUUGGACCACACAGCAAUGCUUGCGUUGCCCAGCCACCCGAGCAUCACCUUCCCACCGCCGGUCGCCAUGGCGCAUUGAGUUUUUCCCCUUCCCCUUCCCCUUCCCCUGCGUCUCUCUCCAAGGAAACACAAGUCUCUUCUUUUUUUCACACUUUUCUUAUAUUAUUCACAACUAAGAAGGUAAUUUGAACAUCUUGAAAUUGUUUGAAUUUUUUCAAUGUACCCUUCUUGUGUCCUCCCACUUAUUGCGAUGCAUUCAUCAAGUGUGUGUAAACUGUAAAAUCCUUCUCCAGUACGAAGUGCGCAGAGUUGUGUUUGAGUCGAAUUUAGACAAAACCCUGUCCUCUUUUGUCUGUAAACAUUUGAGCCUUGACAUUUUUUUGUCCAUUUUCAUCAAUAGAUGAGAACUGCUUGUCUGUCUCUGUUUAAAA